AUUGUCAAUGACAGAAUAUGCCAACGUCAGCACAAAGUACUGAAUGAUAAUCACAAGUUCUAUGAUCGACCAUUAAUAUUAUUGUUCAACUGGAAGUUCCCACAGGAUAAAGCUAUUCUUUAGUGCCGACUCCGACUGUGUCCUGAUCUUUACAAGGUACCACAUUUGGAGAGACAUGAGAAGAGUCAAAAGAUUCUUACUCUUACUCACCCUACUGGCAAUCUUCCUCAUCUCUUACGAACUUCUGUUGACCGUACAGCAUGUGUCUACUAUCAAUGUACAAUCAUGGCGACGAGGACGGGUUAACUCGUUGGAUCAGCACAUGUACAUUACUAGUAAGCGAAUGUUGAGGCAGUUACUGCAAGACAGAGAAAUUACGCAAUUGCCUGUUAAAAUUGUAACUGAUUGCCAGGACAACAGGUCACCAGAUAAUCGUACAAUCAAGACUUUGCAAAUCAUAUCCACCAAGAAUCAAUACCUUCAAGACCCGAAUAUAGUAUGUCUAAACGAAUCACACUUGUAUAGGGAGUCAUUUGCACAGUAUGGAGUGCCUUUCAAUCAAUUGUCAGUACUGCAACAAAAAGCUAGUAUAGUGAGAGCUGUGCUCAGCGAUUUAGAGCAAAGAAACCAACUCGAAAUUAAAGCAAAACUCAAUAAAUUUGUCACUGAGGAAGUUUUCAAACCUAAUCAAAAAGCAGCUCAAUAUUUAACAGGUAGCGAGUUGAAUCAAGACUCAGAAAUCGAAAUUAAAAUAUUUAAUGGAGAAACGGCUACAAGCGAAGUUCUGUCACGUCUUAACAAUCUUCCUCGUAAUGCAAACUCAGCUACAAGAGAGAUUUACUUACCCCAUCAUGUGCUUCCAUCACGGGUCACUGGUAGUCUUACUAUUUCCACACCUACUCCCAAGAACAAGAAAAAGAUAAAGCCACCACAGAUGAAUGAAGAUCUCAAAAAGUUCAAAGGUGCAAGGGUUAAACAAAGCUACAAUUUAGCAGAUCGAGGCUUUUCUAGUGACUGGAGGGUUAAUUCAACUGUCGUCAACCAUAGGCUGAAGUUCAUCACCAUGACCAUAAACAGCACUGACCCGAGUGAGAGAAGCGUGACCAAAACCAGUUUGAACCCUGACCUCUUGCAAAGAGCAAAGUUCCAGCAUGAUCAGGUGGACCUGUUUUGUCGACAACACACUCAUCCUUCCUCUACUCUACCUCUAGAAGAUGCUGAGCUGGACAAUCUCUUUCAACACCUUCUCUAUGACGACACGAGAAAGAUGGUGUUCUGUUAUGUUCCGAAGAACGGGUGUAGUAACAUGAAGCGGUUGAUGUUGGUGCUCAAUGGAAUACUCCCCCCAGAGGCUAGUAAAGAGAACAGACCAGCGGAGACUGUGCUCAAAGAGGUCCACUCGUUCCGCAACCUCACUCACUCUGAAGCUUUGUAUCGCCUCACCCAUUAUCUCAAGUUUGCCAUUGUCAGAAACCCCCUGGAAAGAUUACUAUCCGCCUACAAGAACAAGCUGGAGAGACCGUUCAUUGCCAAUCUUCGUAAACUUUUUCCAGAGCGAUUAAAGGCAUUUAUACUAAAACGUUAUCGUCGCCAGGACUUCGAGAAGUGGAUAUCCAUUAACAAUUCCACGGAUGACAUUCAUCCGAGCUUUGACGAAUUCGUUCAGUUCAUGAACACUUUUCCUCUUACCAUGUACAAUGAACAUUUCAAGCCAUUUCUAGAUCUGUGUAACCCUUGCGCCGUGAAGUUUGACGUAUACCUGAGCUUCAAGACUCUGGAAUAUGACAUCUAUGCACUAAUGGAGUAUCUAAACAUUCCGUUUGGUCUCUACCCUGAGUCAAUAGCUCAUAAGACAGAGCCCACCUCCUCCUUACUAGAAGACUACUUCUCACAGGUAUCCCCUGGCAACAAGGCACAACUAUAUCGUCGCUUGAGUCGAGAAUUUGAAUUUUACUAUUCUCUACAUCCGGAGGAAUGGGGCAUGAAUUAUCAUCUGUGAUUAAAUUUACAUAUUAAAAUACGAAUCAAUUUUUGUCCAUCAAUAUUAAAUCAGUUGCAUACAUCAA